GUAGAAGUUCCAAUUUUAAAUAAGUAGCAAGUGUUUUGUGAUUACUGUUUAAAAUGUUAUUUUUGUGGUUUGGGCUGCUAGUUAUUGUUUUGUUAUUUGUAUAUGACAAAUUUGGAUUUAAAGAUCCACGUAAAGUAAAAUGUGCAAAUUUAUUCGCCGGUCCACCAACAUUUCCAAUUAUUGGAAACAGUUUGCUCUAUUUAAGGCGUAAACCUGAAGAUGUUAUGCCAUUAAUACAAUAUUAUUUUGAUACAUUUGGCGAUACUAUGCGAAUUUGGGUUUUUAAACGACUUGUGAUUCUAACGAAGGACCCAAGAUUAUUCGAAAUUCUCUUAUCAAAUCAGAGGCAAUUAACAAAGAAUAAUUUAUACGAGCAUCUCUAUGAAUGGCUUGGAAAUGGACUGCUUAUAUCAACAGGUCAAAAAUGGUUCACAAGACGUAAAAUCAUCACACCUACUUUCCAUUUUAAAAUAUUGCAGCAAUUUGUGGAUGUUUUUAAUCAGCAGAACCGAGUUUUUGUAAAUAAACUGAAGGAGAUGAAAAGUGUGCAACCUUUUGAUAUUUAUGGCAUGGUGACGCUAAUGUCACUUGAUAUCAUCUGUCAAACAUCGAUGGGAGUUGAGUUAAAUGCUCAAAUAACUAAUUCUGAAUAUGCACAGACAGUCAGAGAAAUGACUUACGUUAUCACAAAUAGAAUGAUGCAGUUCUGGAAACGACCUGAUGUUAUCUUCAAUCUCUCAAAAGAUAAGGUACUUUAUGAUAAGUAUCUUGAAGUGCUUCAUAGAUUUACUAGAAAUAUUAUUGAAAAACGUCGCGAGAUGAUUGUAAAUGAAGAUAUAGAAAUUCCAGAUCUGGAUGAUGAAUCUGUUGGGAUGAAGAAAAGAUUAGCUUUGCUGGAUGUCUUGUUGAAAUCAACUGUAAAUGGCCAACCUUUAACAAAUGCAGAGAUUGCUGAAGAAGUUGAUACUUUUAUGUUUGAAGGACAUGACACAGUCACAGCAGCAACAACAUUUACACUUUAUCUUUUGUCACAACAUCCAGAAGCUCAGCAGAAAGUCUAUGAGGAAGUAAAUAAAAUUGUUGGAGACGAUUUAGAUGUUUAUCCCACUUAUAAUCAGUUACUUGAUAUGAAGUACCUUGAAUGCUGCAUUAAAGAAUCAUUAAGGUUGUAUCCACCAGUUCCAAUGAUUGGGAGAAGUAUGGAUGAAGAUUUAGAUUUCGAUGGGAAAAUCAUUCCAGCCACUGUUAAUGUCAACUUGUCAAUCUAUCAUGCAAACCGAGAUCCAUUAUAUUUUGAUGAUCCAGAAGAAUUCAAGCCUGAACGAUUCCUUGAUAAAGUUUUGAAAAACGAGAAUGCUUUUGUUUAUGUUCCAUUUAGUGCUGGUCAGAGAAACUGUAUUGGUCAGAAGUUUGCUAUGUUGGAACUUAAAAGCACAAUGUGCAAUAUUUUGAGGAAUUUUGAAUUAACUAAGAGUGAUGUAGAACUUAAGAUAAUGACGCAAAUGACUUUGAAGUCUUCGACUGGAGUUCAUGUUGGAUUUAAACCAAGGUGGCAGUAGAAGGAGCAGGAGAAAGUAUAUACUAAUAUUUUAAUAAAUUUGAACUUUUGCUAUAGAAUUUCGCAUUUGAAUCCUCACAAUUCUUCAGAUGCAUCUGAAGCUCUUCAAUUUGAUUCUCUAACAUAUUUUUCUGAAAAAAUGAGCAUAUCAAAUUCAAUAUUUUGCAAUUAAGGUAUACAAUUUUAAAUUGCGAACCUCCUCGCAUCUUCUAUCCAUUAGCAUGAAAUAUCGAUGACAUAUUUUCUUGAUUUUCUCGUGAAGAUUCUCAUUAUCAGAUUUCAAUUGAAUGUUCAAGAAUCUUUGGUAUUCAGCGUCUUGGAGAAUUUUCUUUAAUUGCUUGUUCUUUUUAUUGAGCUUCUUGACACAUCUCGUGUAUGAUUCUCGAAGGUCGUCAUAUCUGGAAAGAGUUUUUUGAGGAUUGUAGAUUAAAAUUUAUUUAUUAUGUUGCAUACAUUUUUGGCGCCAACAUGUUUCGUAGCUGAAUAACAAAUGUUUAAAUUGAGUCACUUAACAAUUAAAGAUGUAGACGUUAUAAAUAAAGAGAUAAGAACAAUUAAUACUAC